AUGUUUUAUUACCUGAACUCGACGGAUCAGUACUGGGUCUUCGUCUCAGUUUCAGCUUUCUACGAUACUGUCUUGGCAAAGCCGCUCCUCUACAGCGCAGCCCUGCACACCUUGGCUCGUAUCUACUCCAUCAGAACCUCUGGGCCCGUUUUGGAGUGGAUCUUGGUGUUCCUGGCCAUGGUUCUGGUUCAGCUCUGCGGCUACUUCUUCGAAGCUUUGGUGACAGGUUGCAUGGAGUACCUCCUGGCGGAAGGAGACCUCGCCUGGCAGCUGGAGAGCCUUUCCGCAGCCGAUGGCCGCAUGGUUGGCUCUCUCUUCCGGUCGUUGAUGAGCUCCGACGUGGACACCGGCACGGCCUGGCGUGCAGACGCCAUGCCAGGGACCAGCUUCCUGGGCCUCCUCGGGGAGGAGGUCGGCCUGCGCGUGGCCGCGGCCGCCGGGGCGAGAAGCUGCCAGGCUUUGGCGCAGGUGUCUCACGCAGCUGCACGGUCCCUUGGUGACGAGGCAGCAUGGCGGGCCUUCUGCGUCGGGCUCCUGCAGGAGCGGCAAGGCUCAGAAGAGGAUCCAUUGCUGGCAAGCUUCGCCGGAAGCUGGGCAGGGACUGCCCUCUCACUGCUGGGUUCUUCUGGAGGACCCAUGCCGCCUUCACGCCGGCCUGCGAAAACUUGCUCUCUAGCGACGCUGCGGGAUGUUGCGGCGAAGCUGCAAAGUGGGCGCAUCUCUGAGAUGGUGGCACGAAGGGCCGCCGCCGAGUUGACAACGGCAGACUUCCGCCGGCUCUUUGAGGCACUGCCGGGCACCCCCGUGGUUGUGGAGGUGGCUUUGCUGAGAGCUGGCUUCAGCUUGCAACUUGACGGCAUGGUUGUAUGGGCAAAGGAGGAAGCCGGCAGAACGCCGAGAGUUCUGGUGGUUGCAGAUAUGCUUCGCAUACAUGUUGCUCUGCCAUUGCUCUGCUCAUUCUGGGGCAUGAGUCAGAUACGCGAGGGGUCCAUGCUUUUGUUGUUAUUCACGAUGUACUCGGCGACGCAUCCCCGAGUGCUGGCCGAAGCUUCAAAGUGCUUUUUGCCUUGUCGCAGCUCCAUUGCUCAGCAUGGACAACUGGGUGAUCGCAUUCUACCUUCUCGGAUUGCUCCUCCAGCAGGUUGCGAUCGGCUUCUGAGGAACACCUCUUUCCACGAGUUCGAAGAGGCAUUCACCGAGUUUUUGCAAAGUUUGGACCACGACUGUAAUGCAGCAGUUAUGUUCUUUGCUGGCCAUGGCAUUGAAACAAACUCACGGCUGGCGUUGCUCCUCAAUGACCCCAUGCAGCCACUGAUCUACUUGGAUGAAAUCCUAGCCCGCCUGCACGAAAGAUUGGACGAGCUUCUGCCUAGCUCUUCAGAAGAUGAUCCGAUCCGCAAGGCUUCAGUUGUUUUCUUUUGCGACAUCUGUCGGGAAGGCUCAGGAGCCAGCGUCAUCCGUGACCGUCGAUCAGUGGAGAAGCCGACACUCCCUGCCGCAAGCCGUGGUCUACUCCUGUCUGGAGACUCUUCUGGCAGCACCGACAACCACGGGCAUCUUGCCAAGGCCUUGUCUGACAUCAUCUGCGCGAAUGUGCCUCACACACUCUUCAGCCUCUAUGAGAGUGCCAACAGCAGAGUGCAGAGGUCGUCUCGCCAGCUCCGGAGGAAGAAGGGAAACACCGACUACAUGCCACCGCUGGCCAAGCAGCAUGCGGAGAUUCACAACGAUUCUACCUUGCUGGAUGAUCAGUACGAUCUUUUUGUUGAUGAGGCACAGGGCAGGCAGUUGCGGUCAUGGAUGUUGCCCCUUCGCCGUCGUGAUGAAACUGACGGAGACGGACUUCGCGUGAAGCUGUGGAAAGUCACAGAUGUUGAUUCCGAGGACCAGUGCAGGCAGCGAAUUUUGGUGGAGCGUGACAACUUCAUAGCGGCAAAACACGAAGAAGGGCAUGCUUCAUUGGAAGAUGCUGCAGAGAAGACGAGGAAGCGCAACGAAAGCCUCCGCAGCCGGCUGACGAAGUACAAGCAGCGCGCUGAAGCUGCGAAGGAAACAGCGGCGCAGCUGGAGCAAGAGAGGCGACGCUCGCAGAGUCUUCAGACAGAGCUGAAGCAAACGAAGCAGAACGUUGACCGGCAGCUGGAGGAACAAAGGCAAAAGUAUGAGAAGCUGCGGGCUGAGAGCCCGCAGUGUGCACGGAAGCUGAAACCGGAGGCUGUGGACAAAGAUUUCCGAGCCCCGAAUAUCUUUGCGGAGGAUUUUCUGCUGGACGCAAGGGAGCCACCAGAGGGCUUCGUCGGGCUUGACGGUUGGCUCUUGGUUGGCCCUGAAAGGAGCGGCUCCCGCUGGCACUUUGAUCCAUGGGGAACAGCCGCUUGGAACUUGCUCUUCGAGGGUGAGAAGCUGUGGGCAAUGGCUCCUCCUACCGGGGCUCCGCCGCAGGUGGAGGCCCAGAUGCUCGAAUCGAGCCUUUCCGGCGAGACCGUUCGGCGAUACUACUCUGCACCGCCAGCCUUGGCUGGGCUACUGAUGAGCCUUCCGGG